ACAUUUUAAGAUAUCUGUCGUACAAGCAUUGUUAACGUCAAUUUUUCUGUUCUGGUUCAGUUCUGGUUAUUAACAAAUAUACAAUAAAUAAAUUAAAUUUUAUUAAUUGAUAUAUAAAUUGAAAUAUAGAACUUUUAAGAACUUACGUGUGGAGUCUGUUAUUUUUGUAUCCAAUUUGUGUAUAUAAUAGUUAAAUUUUCAAAGUUAAGACCAAGGUUAGAAUUGUCAAUUUGGUUUGAUUAAUAAAUAAAUUUAUUAAUAAAUGAUAGAUUAAUAAAUUUUUUGAACCAUUGUAUAUUAAAAUGCUGUUAUUUUUUUUUACUAUAUUGAAAAGUAACUUUUUCAAUUAACAUGAAAUAUCAUUGUGACAAAAUAUCAUAGUUUAUAUUCUACAAAGAAAAUGGGAAGAAUAUGUAUCGUUCGAAAUUGUAAUGGAGGAAAGAAUGAUAAUAAAACUGAAGGACCUCACAUUACUCUUUUUAGUGUACCAAAGGAUCCAGUACUUUUUGAUGCUUGGAAGUCGAAUCUUCCAGAGCUUCGAAAGCCUUUAAGUACUUCAUGUUAUGUUUGUGAAAAACAUUUCCAUCCAAGUGAUAUAUUAUCUCAUUACACACAUAAAUUAUCAACAAAUAUAUGGACUUAUUCUCGGGGCUUGAAGCAAUUAAAGCCCAAAGCUGUUCCUAUAGUUUCCAAUAACAGUGUGACUGUAGAUGAUACAAUGAUACAUGAUCAGCAUCACAGUGUUGAAAAUUCAAACACCAACGAAAAAAAUACUGAUGUCGAAAUUGAAUCCUCAAUAUGUACAAUUAACUCAAAUAAUAAUCAUUCAAGUGGUCCAAGUGUAUUAAAUGAAAAAGAUACUUUAAAUGAUGAUACCAUGGAAGUCCAAGAAAUACAAAACAAAAAGUAUAAAUCCGAAGUAUCAUUUAGUUUUGAUUCUUUAAUUGAAAAUUUAGACACUAUAACAUAUUCGAAAGGAUGCAGAUGGAGUUAUACAAUUACAUCUGAUAAAAAAAAGAUUAUUUUUGUAUCGUCUCCAUCUGAUGGUAUUUUACGACGAGUUGAUAUAUAUUCUAAUCUGUCUACUAAUGUUAUAAUGGAUUGUAUUCUUGUUCCUCAAAAGCAUUUACCUGAUCGAUUCAAAAAUAUAGAUGAAAUUAUUGAGUUUUUAACAAUAGUUUACAAUUGGAAUUUAUGUCUAACUCUGAAAAAUUCAAACAGAUUUAUUCAUGAUGGUGUUUGUGAGGCCAUUGCUCCAAAUAAUGAAAAUUUUUUAGGUCGAAGACGUCUUAGAUGUAUGCCUUGUGUCUUAAGACGAGAAUCUAAGCAAUGUCAAAAUCUUGAUAAACAAAUUAAACAAGAAAAGAAAUCUUUAAAAGUUUUAAAUCAAAAAGUGAGAAGAUAUAAGAAAAAGAUUGUAACACUUGAAGCACAUGUUCAUGAUUUAUGGGACUCAAAAGAGUAUAAUUGAAAUAUGUAGAAGUUCAAUCCUUUUUCCUCCCAAAAAAUUAUAAAAAGAUUGUUAAGAAAUGACUCGUAUUGAAAGAAAGUAUUGAAAAAAAAAUUGAAAUUCCGUUGACAUAUCUAAUUAACUAACUUAUACUAUUAAUCACAAUUGCACCUGUUUUGUGCAAAAGGUAAACAUAAUCAUACAUGCUAAACUGAAUAAGAGUGAUCAAGAGGCACGGUAGUGCCUCGAGUCAAGUAUGAGAAAGAAAUAUAUAUGUGUUGAUGAGAAUAUGUGUGAGAUGAGAUUAACUACUACUACCGUGCCUUAUUAUACAUCAAAUAUUUUGUCCCCUUCCGUCGCAAAUCUUUUAGAAAUUCAAUUAAAAUGUGAUAGAGUUGAAUGAGGAUGUUGAGGUUUGGUAAUGAUCCCAUAAAUCGAUGUCAAGCUUUUUUUUAAAAAAAAAAAUCAGUUUUUUUUAUUGCGGUAAUAUAUAUUUAAAGCAUAAUUGAUAUUUACGGUCUUUGCGUUUUUAUCAAAUCGACCAGAUUUCUUCCGUUCAGUUGGUAAAACUUUACAAUUACUUCUCUUCUCUUUUUUUAGUGUUUAUAUUUUGGCUGCACUGCGCAGUAUGUUAUUAUUCAUGGAGUUUAACAAGGAGGGUAAUCUGUGACGUCACACUGUGUAUUGGCAUAGGGAGCCAAUUUAUUUAUUCUUUAGUUUUUGGUAAAUAUGGCAUUAUUUUUUCAAGUAUUUCGAUGGGGUAUUUUGAAAAGCCGAACAUCAUUUUCCAUAAGAGCCUAUGUUUAACCUCAAAAAAAGGACCAUCUUUAACAGUUAAUUAAUAAAAAAAACAUCUUAUAACAAAAAAUCUGAUUAAAGAAAAGGGUGUAUCGUUAUUUCAAUUAUCUACUCUAUAAAAUUCGUGAAAUCGUCAUUAUUUUUAAUUUUCCCUGGUUGUACCUUAACACAGUUAAAAGCCAGAGUUUACACUCCUUAUUCACCUUCAUGGAGAAUGGAGAUUGAUGGAGAUUAAUUAAUUUCUGGUAAUAAGUGGUAUUGCAUUUAAAAAGCCUUGCUUUAGAAAAUAUAUGCAAUAAAAUUCCAAUGAGAGUUACCCUGGUAGAAAUAUUUCUCCGACUUUUCUCCAACUUUUCUCCGCCAUUUCUCCACUUCUUUACGAAAAUGACCCAUAGUUGGAGAAAUGGUGGACAAAUUGCUCCAACCUUUCUCCAACCAAAAAUUUACUCCAACUUUCUUCCAACUUUUUUCCGACUUUUCUCCAACUUUUUUUCGCCAUUUCUCCAACCUGAAAUUUACUCCAACUUCUUUCCAACUUUUCUCCAACCAUGGGUCAUUUUCGUAAAAAGGUGGAGAAAGUUGGAAAAAAGGCGGAGAAAGUUGGAAAAAGUUGGAGAAAUAUUUCUACCAGGGGUGUGUUGGUCAAAAAUAAUAGUUUUAAAACAGUUUCGAAAAAAAUAAAAACAACAGAAGAAUAAUCAUUUUCAAUAAAACUCUUGAAAAUCUCAGAAUAUAUAUCCUGAAAAAAAUUAAAUAUAGAUCUAAAUAGAUGUGUUGCCGUAGAUUUGUCCGUCAAGCGCAUUUAUAUGGGAAAAAUUCGACUCACAGAAGAAAAUGAUAGAAUUUAUAAUUUAUUCAAUAAUUCAAUUGAAAAAAAAAUAUUCCAUCUACAAUAGACAGAUGCAAUAAUUCAAUUGAAUAAUACAAUUUCUAAUCCAACAAAUGAAUCAACAAAUAAUUCUCAAAUGCAUAAAUUGGCAUUAAAAAUAGUUGAUAAUCCACAAGAAUUAAUGAUCGAACAACAUCUUCAAAUAUCAGUUGAGCCAAAUUGCAUGGAAGAAAUAUUAUUAUUUAGGUUACCACAAAAAAAAAUAUUAUGUUAACAAGAUAUCCCGAGAUGAAAUUUUGUCUCUGAAAACAGCCUCCGAAAACUCUGCAGCCUUUAAACACAGCUGUCUCUAAAGUGGAUAAAUCAAAGUAGUUCAGAGAAAUUCUUCAGAAAUCAACGUCGAGAAGAAAAUUUUUCCACUCAUUUCUCCGCAUAGGUCAACUUGGAAAAAAUUCG